UAUAUUCGGUGGCACAUUAAAUUAGUACCCAUACCCCCAAGCUUACACACACAUCUAUCUAUAUAUCACUCUCGUCUCACUUUCACUCUUCCUCUCCUUCCAAAACCCUUCUUCAGAUCUUCUCAUCUCCACCAUGGGUUCCAAGGACUGCGGCCGCCACGAUGACAACCGUGAGCUCGCUAAGCGUGUAUCGUUAGCCAUUCUCGGGUUCUUAAUCGUCUUAGUCAUAGUCAUUUUCCUCGUAUGGGCAGUUCUCCACCCUGCCAAGCCCCAUUUUAUUCUCCAAGAUGUAACCAUCUAUGCUUUCAACCUCACACCACCCAACUACCUCACUUCGAACAUGCAGAUCACCUUAGCCUCGAGGAACCCCAACGACCGGAUCGGCAUUUACUACCAAAGACUCGAUGUCUUGGCGUCGUAUCGGAACCAGCAGAUAACUCUACCGACCCUGAUCCCGAGAACCUACCAGGGCCAUGAGGAUGUCACUGUAUGGUCCCCAUUUUUGUUAGGCAAUGCAGUGCCGGUGGCUCCGUUUCUCGAGGUGGGUUUGAACCAGGACAUGAAUGCUGGGAUGGUGCUGAUCAACGUUAAAGUGUUCGGGGAAUUGAAAUGGAAGGUUGGGACUUGGAUUUCAGGUCGAUAUCAAAUGAACGUCAAUUGUCCGGCUUACAUUUCGUUUAGUGAUCGAACUAAGGCCAUCCAAGUAGGUCUAGCUAUGAAGUAUCAGCUUGUUCAAAGUUGCAGUGUCGAUAUUUCUCUUGAUUAGUUCAUCUUUUCCUUAAUUAUUGUUGCUCAUGUGACUUAUAUAUACCAUGUUUAAUCUUCUUGCUUCUGCAACUUUCUUCAAAUUAAACGUU